AUGGAUCCUGGAUUGAACUCCCUUCUAUCAUGGAGUAUCGAGAACUCCGAUGCAGGACGAACCCCCGAUCAGCCAGUCCGAGAACCCAGAGGCCUGACUGCUGAUGUAUUACGCUCAUUGAUGGGCGGUCCCAGCGACGCCGACUUGAUGCGAGAAGCCAUGGCCAUCAUCGGCUCCUCGGAUCCCGAGGUCACCCACGACGCCAAAAUGACGGCCUUCGACAAUUUCGAACAACUGGUUGAAGGGAUUGACAAUGCCAACAACAUGGAGCCUCUGGGGCUGUGGACACCACUGCUGGCGCAACUCGAGAGCCAGUCGGCCGACUUGAGACGCAUGGCGGCCUGGUGCAUCGGCACGGCCGUCCAGAACAACGUUAAAGCCCAGGAGCGACUCUUGGCCCUCAACGGCAUCGAGAGGCUCGUCCAGGUAUCCCUCGAUGACGCGGACAGGAGUGUGCGAAGAAAAGCCGUGUACGCACUUAGCUCGGGCGUCAGAAAUUAUCAACCGGCCAUGAACGAGGCGGUAAAGCGGUUGCCCAAGGAUAUUGUCGGGCCAGACCAGGUCUCUGCGGCGGAUAUGGAUGUCAUUGAUGCCAUUAUGGGCAAGCUCAGAGAUAGGGAGUGA